UAGCUUUCAUAUUCUUCCCACCGAAAAAACGUGGAACGAUCUAGACUACGUACCGAGAAUGACGGAGCUCCAUGACACAACUGCGUAUGACGAUACUCAAUCUGAGCAUCGGUACGAUUCGAUAAACCCACAACUAGGUUGUUGGUUAUCAAAGCCCAAAGUAUGGCCUAAGAAAGCCAAGCGUCGUGCAGAACACCAUGUUUUCGCUUCAUUCUCUACCGGUAGCAUGCGCUGUAUGUAAGACAUUGCUAGGUAUCGCAUGGCCUGUUGUAAUAUGUUACUACUUGGCUGUGGUGUGUUACUCGGCUUUCAGCGACACAAUAACGCCCAACGCCCACCGCCCACCGCCCCACGCAAUUUUGGGGGAUCGGGGAGCCUUUCUCAUUUGAGCCGCAUUUCCUAGUGUUGCUCGAGCCUACAAUUUACAACCAACCAAUUGUGAACUAUUUGAUUCGCGAGUAUUUUGUUUGGCUCUGGUUGGUGGCACAGAUGUAUAAUGGUAACGGCUCUAUGCUUCUCGUGAAACUUUCCGUGAGCGCUAGGAGCUUCAUUGGCCCAAUCUGGUUCAUCGCGGCUCUUUUUCCUUCACCCGCUCUGGGCUUGGCACAGCAUCUUCCCACCGCUCACCUCAUCCGUUACCACGCACAGACAGUCCCGACUGCCAGAGCGACCCCCACGAAGGGAGACCUAAUUCCCGGCACUCGGGAAAUCCGUAUAUUCCGCUCGGCGAAGCUCAGUCUUGGUUAUUCUCUUUCCCGCAGGCUACUUAUUGUAUCUGAUAGUCGUACGAAAGCCUGGCGUAGUGCCGCCUAGCAACAUAAGAAGACUGGAACAUGUCGUAUCGGAGUCCUAUAUUGGUCUGUUUAUUUGACUUCUCACCCCUUCGUACAACUCGAAGGAUGUAUCUCGCCUUUUCUCCCUAGUGAAUAUCCGCUUAGGUUUUGAGACUUUAGUAUGCUUCACACGGGUGAUCUUGGACCCGGAUACAAUGUCCUAGGCCAUCUCUUGGUCUUGCAAUGGUUUUAGACAGCAACCAGGAUGAACUAAGAAGUUAUUAAUGGCUUUGGGUUGUUGGGGGCUCCUGUAUAUAGUGGAUGGCCGGUUUCGAAAGCAUACCAAUAAAUUGUAUAGUUCAUCAGAAGUUGGGUCACCUCGUUGUCGGGUGUCCUGUACCUAAGUACCUAACUUGAGC